AUGACACCAGGGGCUGUCAAAUGGAGUCUUCAACAACAAAGUGAGUGCGAAACUUCAUCAUCCAAAGAACAACUAGAUAAAGUACAAGAAGAGGAUGAUGCUGCUGAAGAAGUGAAUGAAGAGCAUGAUGAUGCUACUAAAGAAGAAAUGAAGAUGAGGUUGAUGCCUUCGUUAUCACACAUAAAAAUUGGGUAA